CAACCGGUGAAUACGAGAGGACGACGGGAAAUAAUCCACCAUCUGGUCCAGCAGAAAACGUGAGCAGGUCUCCAUGGCCCAGUUCGGGGGGCAGAAGAACCCUCCAUGGGCGGCCCAGUUUGCCGCAACAGCGGUAUCACAACCAGGCCACUCAGGACAGUCCCUGGACCUGAACAGUUUACAUUCUUUAGGAGUACAGCAGCCGUCCCUCCUGGGAGCAUCUCCGAUGUACACUCAGCAGUCUGCUUUAGCUGCAGCCUCCCUCAACUCACAGUCAGCUGCCAACUAUCAGCUGUCGCAGCAGACCGCAGCACUCCAGCAACAGGCCGCCGCAGCCGCUGCCGCUGCAUUACAGCAGUCGCAGAUCAAUUCAGCCCUGCAGCAGUAUCAGCAGCAGCAGCAACAACAGCAGCAACAGCAGCAGCAGCAGCAGCCACCUCAAGGCCCCCCGCCACAACCUCCACCUCAAACCCUUUACAACGUCCCACAUCAGCUUCCACAGCCCCAACAAGCCCUGCUAUCACAGCCCCCUGUUGCCUUGCCCACCAGCCUGAGCCUGUCAAACCAACAGCAGACGGCGCAGAUAACCGUGUCCUACCCGACCCCCCGCUCCAGCCACCAGCAGCAGACCCAACCCCAAAAACAGCGUGUUUUCACCGGGGUCGUCAGCAAGCUACAUGACACUUUCGGCUUUGUCGAUGAGGAUGUCUUCUUUCAGAUCAGUGCUGUUAAGGGGAAAACACCCCAAGUUGGUGAUCGUGUUCUGGUGGAAGCGGUCUACAAUCCCAACAUGCCUUUCAAAUGGAAUGCCCAGCGCAUUCAAACUUUACCUCAGCUGCACAACCAAACGCACCAGCCGCCUCAGCCCUUACCUCAGGUUUCCCCACAGCUGUCCAGCUUUUACUCUGAUGCAGGAAUGCCACGCUACUCUGACAUGCAUUCUGCGGUGGAUUCAAGACAAAAUAGCCAGCCGCCGAACAUGAUGAAACCAGGUCCCACCAUGAUGCAGUCUCUACCCCCGCCCACCACAUUCAGCGUCCCGGCCCAGGGACCUCCUCCGUCUCUUCUGCAGGCCCAGCUCUCAGCUGCCUCUCUGGCCCCACUGCUGCAGAACCCACCACAGCCACUGCUUCCCCAGCCACCACCUAAAGACUCUGUGUUCUCAGGGGGUUUGCUGCAGCCCCCGGUGCGGAUGAUGCCCCAGCCACAACAAAUGAGGCGGGUGGACCCCUCACCCCGCUUCCCCAGCCGCAAUGACCGUCCAGAACUCAUCCUGAGGAAGGACGACCGCAGUCGGGAAAGAGAUAGAGAGCGAAGAAGAUCAAGAGAACGUUCACCCACAAGGAAACGUUCGAGAGACCGGUCUCCUCGCAGAGAACGUUCUCCAAGACGGCCACGGAGAGUCGUCCCAAGAUAUACUGUGCAGUUCUCCAAAUUCUCUCUUGAUGGUUUCAACUGUGAUGUGAUGGAGCUACGGCGGAGGUAUCAGAGCCUCUACAUCCCCAGUGACUUUUUUGAUGCUGUGUUUACCUGGGUGGAUGCCUUCCCGUUAACACGACCUUUCAACUUUGGAAACUACUGUAACUUUCACAUCAUGCAUAAAGAGGUGGACUCUCUUGUGAAAAACACGGCCGUGCUGGACCCACCUGAUGCCAAUCACACCUACAGCGCAAAGGUGAUGCUGUUGGCCAACCCUAGUCUAGAUGAGCUGUAUCAUAAGUCCUGUGCUCUGGCAGAAGAUCCUCAAGAGCUGAGAGACACCUUCCAGCACCCUGCCCGGCUCAUCAAGUUCCUGGUGGGGAUGCGGGGCAAGGAUGAGGCCAUGGCCAUCGGGGGUCAUUGGUCUCCCUCUUUGGACGGGGCUGACCCGGAAAACGAUGCCUCUGUCCUUAUAAAGACAGCCAUUCGUUGUUGUAAGGCUCUGACAGGCAUUGAUCUGAGUUUAUGUACCCAGUGGUAUCGUUUUGCAGAGAUACGCUAUCACCGCCCUGAGGAGACUCACAAAGGGCGGACAGUCCCCGCACAUGUGGAGACAGUGGUUUUAUUUCUCCCGGAUGUUUGGCAUUGUCUUCCUACCCGCUCAGAGUGGGAGGGGCUGUCCCGUGGACUCAAGGAGCAGCUGGCAGAGAAACUCUUGGCUGAACGGAAGGAGGCUGAUGGAGAACAGGAGGAGGAGGAUAAGGAUGAAGAUGAUUCAAAAGAAGUCACUACGCCAACUCACUGGACGAAGCUUGAUCCGAAAUCCAUGAAGGUCAAUGACUUGCGUAAGGAGUUGGAGAGCCGUACACUGAGCUCUAAAGGGCUGAAGUCACAGCUGAUUGCUCGCCUCACUAAACAGCUGAAGGUGGAGGAGCAGGUGGAGGAGUCCAAGGAGCCGGAGAAACCUGAACCUCCUAUCGUGGAGGAGAAUGAGCCCUGCAGACUGGAGGAUGACCGAGAGGAAGAGGAGCGAAAGCGACAGGAGGAGCAGGAACGUCAGCGCAGGGAGAGACGUUAUGUUCUGCCAGAUGAGCCCACCAUUAUCGUCCACCCCAACUGGGCUGCCAAGAAUGGCAAAUUUGACUGCAGCAUCAUGUCCUUAAGUGUGCUGCUGGACUACAGACUGGAGGAUAACAAAGAGCACUCCUUUGAGGUGUCUUUGUUUGCUGAAUUGUUCAACGAGAUGCUUCAACGAGACUUCGGCUAUAGGAUUUACAAAGCAUUCGCUUCUCUUCCUAGCAAGGAUGAGAGGAAAGAUAAAAAAGAGAAAGCUAAAAAAGAGGCAGAACGGAGGGAUGUAAAGAAGGAGAAGGAUGAAGAAAAUGGAGAGCCAGUCACAAAGAGAAUGAGAGAGGAGGAUGAGAAGAGGAAGGAUGAGGAGAAAGAGAGAGGUAUUAAGAGAGAAGAAUCCAAAGAUGAUGAUGAUAAUGAAGAUGGCAGCAGCAACAACAACGCUGAUGAAUAUGACCCCUUGGAGGCAGAAGAAGCAGAUGACUAUGAUGACGAUGAUAAAGAUGACGAAGACUCCAAUGGCAGGGACAGAAGAGACGAUCGUCGGGAUGACCGAAAAUCCAAAGAGAGAUCAUCUAAAGAUAAAGAUGAGAAGAAAAAGCAGAUGGUGACGUUUAACAAGGAUCUGCUGAUGGCCUUUGUGUACUUCGACCAGAGUCACUGCGGCUACCUGCAGGAGAAGGACCUGGAGGAGAUCAUGUACACACUGGGCUUGCAUCUCUCCAGAGCUCAGGUGAAGAAAUUGUUAAACAAACCAUUGGUUAAAGAGUCCUGCCAUUAUCGCAAGCUGACGGACAGGCCUAAGGAUGAGCCUAGCCCCACGUUGACCUCUGAUGCUCAAAUAGACAACCUUUUAGGUAACCAAAUCUUGCUGCCCGGUCAGAAGGUCAAGCGAGAAUCGGAGGAGAGUGGUGGGUCAGGAAGCCUGAUCGACUACAAGGGAGCCAUGGUGGACGUGGGAAGCAUGAUGCAAAAGCUGGAGAAGAGUGAGAAAACCCGAGAGGAAAUUGAGCAGAAGCUCAUGCAGCAGGACACUAAAAUGGAGGAGGAUUCAAAGCACACGUCAGAGCUAGAAGCGGCUAACCGCAGCCUUCAGAGGGAGCUGGACGAAGUGAAGAACAACCUCCGAGAGACCGAGAACAACCUGAGAUCAUCAGACCAGCAGAAAGGCAGCUUUAAACAGCAGCUCCACAGCACAGUGUCCAGCCUCGACACCAUCAUGAAGGAGAUACAGGGGGUUUUAUCAAAUGGCGACCCUUCAGAAGACUGCGAGCAAAAAACUCAAGCUAAUGGCUCAGAUGAGUGAACUUUCCUCUCCAGCUCAUCCACAUAUGAUCUCCCUUCGAAUAUGUAAAUAAGCUUAAAACUAACACAAUACUGAAGUUAAUUUA